CCCAAUACGGAUAUUCCACAUGUCACGCAUGUGCUAUUGACAGCCGUUACCAGUGAAGUCCACCGAGUCCCCAAGAAAGCAACGUGCUCACUACCUCUAUUCAUUACUUGAGGUCUUUGCUUUCUUUUUAUACUCAUCAUUCAUCUUCUUCAUUCGAAGACCUUGCCCCGUGGUCUUCCUCUCUUCGUCCCUUCAACACUUGCAUGAUUCCUCUCAGUGUAUCACGACCGCGAUGGCUCAUUCAGGAUCGGCGGUCCUAGCUCGGGGCAGAAAGAGUGAAGCCAGCCUUUCUACACGCGAUGCUCAGGACCUUACUCAAGACUUCACUCAGAGAGCUCUUACACGACGGGUAGGUCCUCAGGAAUUUCGACCACAAUCUGCAACUAUCGCCCUGGGCACAAUCUCAUACCCGCAAACACAUCUUCUCGGCAUUGCUCGCGAAAUUCGUGACAAAAUACUACUUCACGUCGAUGAGGACACAUACUACCGUCGUCGAGAAAGUCUAGGAUCGCACCCCACGACUGGCUAUGAAGCUUUACCACUCGUCUGUCGGCAAAUGUACCAUGAGACGGCUACCAGUGGGGCCUGGGCUCGCUCCGUUCAAAUUGUGCACCAUAAUGAGAUCGAGCAAUUCCGUGCCUGGACCUUCAGUCACAUUCAUCACCUUAAGAAGCUCCGCAGCCUCACAAUCGAAAUUCCUCACAACAGUCCAGCUGAUUACUUCUGUUUCUUCGCUGAACUCCUAUCUACAAAGACGCUGUCUGGACUAGAGGAACUGAAGAUCUUUGGCGUGGGACCAGACCAAUACAACACCAAGACCAGUUCUGUAGCGCACCCAUGCGGAAAACACGAUAUCUCGUUGACUAUGACUUCGAUGAAGAAGCUCCCAAGUACAGGCCAAGGCUGGCAGGACCGCCUCAUUUUGCUCAACAGUAUUCUAUGUCUGACUAACCUCAGAGCGCUAGCCGUGGACAACAUGAACAUGCCCGUAUCUCAAGCGCACGUUCUCAAAAACAAGCCGCGCCUGGAACGUCUUCGAAUUGGUGCAGACCCCCGAUCAGCACUUCACUGUGAUUACCUGAACUAUUUUCCAUACGCAAUUUUCACAUUGCCGCAGUGGUUAGAGGCACCCCCCAUCAAGGAACUCGAGAUCGAUUCGAACGGGAUCAUGACGGCGGCAACUACAAUAGGCAGGAUUGCUCCGACAUUGGAAAGAGUCUCUCUGGUCAUUCCGAACAGCUUCUUUCAAACAUCUUUCGACCGUUUUAAUUUCCUGAUCCAAGGUGCUUCAAUCCUCGAGGGUCUACUGAGAGACUCCACGAAGCUCAAAGUGCUCAAGCUAUGUGUUCAUGGAGCCAUUUAUGAGAUAUCGAACACAUUUGCGACUUUCAUGGGAGCUUUCAAGAACUCUCUUCCUCACCUCCGGAAGCUGAAGACCUUAGAGCUGCACGUCCACUCUGAGUCUCCGUGGUUGGCCCAAGAGUUCCUCCACGCCAUUCCAAGAACUGUUGAGCGCCUCUACCUCACGGACACUCUUGUCAAGGGAGAUGUUCACAAAGUCUUCACGAUUCUCAAUGAGGAGAACGGUCAUCUGAUCAGAGAACCACCAAAGGAUGAUGAAGACUUCAGAUUCGACACUACUGUGGAACUAAGCAGGAACGACUUUAUUCCAUUCAGCCGAAAACUUGGUUUUGUUGGCUACGAAUUUGACGAACCUGAAUAUACUUCACAGAGCACCGACAGCGGUAUCUACGAUUUUCUAAGACUCGACGGAAGACUGCUUGAUAGGGAGCGAAACAAGCAUCUCGCAAAAUACAGAGGUGGUCACAUCCCGCUUCCGAAGGUUGCAAAGAAUAAAUAUGUGCGUACCUUCUUCAAGUAUGCCACUGAGCAGGAAAUUGAUGUCAAUCGCAUGGCUCUGGGAAGCUGCGGCCUUCUGGACAACGAGUACUACGGCCUGGAAGACGAAGCGGAGAAGGUGUUCUGGAAUGAGCCGGUUGCACAAGCCUCUAAGCGCACCCACUUCUCCUCUGUCGAUGUGGUUGAUGUCGACACCGUCUUCAAAGAAUCCAACCACUGGCAGAGUCGUUGAUACACGGCCCAAGGCAUCGAUACGAGCAGGCAUCUGCUGCAUGCUGAGUGUGCUGGGCAACAUUGAGCUUUGCUUUGCCUUGAUUUUGGACACGACGAUAUCCUUACUCUGCAGAUUUUACGGUGUCUUUUUGAUGAAACUUUUGGGCUCUGCGCGAUUGGGGUUUGCGCUUGCUUCAACUGUGAGUGUGUCAGGAGACAACAUCAUUUAGAGAUGAUUUAACGAUGCAUCCUAGUGGGGGCAUUACCUCAGCUUGCGAAAGCAUUGUAACUAGGUUAAUAAAUCACAUAGACCUUCACUCAUAGUCAGUUGGCCAGGCUGAGUCAUGUGACCUAUAAAUCCACCUUUCGCACCUGACACCUUGCAAUACCUCCAAGGGCAAGUGCA